ACAAAACAAACAGCGUCGGCUAAAAGCAAACGGUGGCGGCUUGUGGGUAUAAUUCUUGUCUAUAUCCUGGGAACUAUUCAGAUCAUAAAACACGAAAAAAAUGGCUGCCGUUCAGCAAGAUAUCGAAUCACAAAUAAAAGAACUCCAAAAUUUGAGAGGUAAUAAAAUAAAUGAUAAAGAUGAAGAAACCCAAAAAAAAGCCGGUAUUGCUUUUGGAACUGCAGUAGAAGCAGAGCUGUAUGGUACAGCCAGUGACAAGUAUGCUGGUUAUGAUAUGUCAAUUGCUACUAAUGACCAAGAAGAAGAUGAAGAUGAUUAUUCCAGUGCUCCAUUGGGUACUUCAAAACUUUCUUCUUUUACUGCACCUCAAGCAGUUUUAAAAGAUCUUGCAAAAAAUGGUGCAGAUGUGGAUCCCUUUGCUGCAACAAGAAAACCAACAAUUGCUGAGCGUCAAAACGAAUAUCAGCAGCGUAUGCGAAAUCUGAUGAUUUCUCCAGCCAGAGUAGAUCCAUUUGCUGAUGGGGGUAAAACACCAGAUCCAAAAUUGCGUUCUUAUCACGAUGUCCUAAAAGAGCAAAAGUUGAUUAAAGAUCAGGCUGCUGUUGUAAAAAAAAUUCAAGAUAAAGCUAAAGCUGGAGAAUUGAAAGUCACAAAGCCAGCUAAAAAGCGAAGUGGAAGAUGGGAUCAGCCAUCAGGAGAAGAAGUUGCACCUAAAAAAAAAUGGGAUCAGGUUGAUACACCAUCAAGUACUAGAUGGGAUGAAACACCAGGAAGAUCUAAAGGUGCAGAAACUCCUGGUAAGGGUGGUGACACUCCAGGCACUGUACAAGGAAGUGAAACUCCAGCUGCUACACCUAUUGGUGAAGAAACUCCAGGUCGAACUCCUGGUGCAACCCCAAAAAUGUCAUGGGAAGCCACCCCAAGUUACAUUCAAGCAGGAUCUACUACUCCUGGUAAUGCUACACCUGGUGGAACUACACCAUCAGCUAGUUCUCGUAGAAAGAGAUGGGAUGAAACACCUGGUCAAUCUACUGAUACUCCUGGAAGAACUCCAGGAUGGGCAGAGACUCCUAGAACAGACCGACAGGGUUCAGAGACUCCUGGCAUGACUCCAACUCCUCAUGGUUCAAAGCGCAAAUCUCGUUGGGAUGAGACUCCUCAAAUAAAUGCUACACCUGGUAGUGGAACUCCACAUGCUACUCCUGCAGGGUCAGGCAUGGGUACACCUGCUGGAACACCAUCAAUAGUUGGUACACCAGGAGUUACUCCAGGAGGAACACUAGCUAUGCAAAUGCAAACUCCUACACCAGGGCACCUAAUAUCUAUGACUCCUGAACAAAUGCAAGCUUACAGAUGGGAAAAGGAAAUAGAUGAAAGGAAUCGACCAUUAACAGAUGAUGAACUUGAUACUUUAAUGCCAUUUGAAGGGUAUAAGGUUCUUCAACCACCUGCAAAUUAUCAACCAAUACGCACACCUGCUCGAAAGCUUAUUGCUACACCAACACCAUUAAAUAUGGGAACUGGUUUUCGAAUGCAGACUGAUGAAAGAGGCAACAUCAAAGGUGUUAUUGAUGAACAACCACCAGGAAAUCUUCCAAGUUUAAAGCCAGAUGACUAUCAGUAUUUUGACAAAUUGCUUGUAGAUGUUGAUGAAACAACAUUAAGUGCUGAAGAGCAGAGAGAGCGUAAAAUCAUGAAACUUUUAUUGAAAAUUAAAAAUGGUACUCCUCCAAUGAGAAAGGCCGCUCUACGACAAGUUACAGAUAAAGCUCGUGAGUUUGGUGCAGGACCUUUGUUUAACCAGAUUCUGCCAUUGCUUAUGUCGCCAACACUAGAAGAUCAAGAACGUCAUUUAUUAGUAAAGGUUAUUGACAGGAUAUUAUACAAGCUUGAUGACCUGGUCAGACCUUAUGUGCAUAAAAUUCUUGUGGUGAUUGAACCUUUGUUAAUAGAUGAAGAUUAUUAUGCACGUGUUGAAGGCAGAGAAAUUAUUUCAAACCUUGCCAAAGCUGCUGGCUUAGCUACAAUGAUUUCCACCAUGAGACCUGAUAUUGAUAACAUAGAUGAGUAUGUGCGAAACACGACUGCAAGAGCUUUUGCUGUUGUUGCUUCUGCCCUCGGUAUUCCUUCUUUGCUUCCCUUUUUAAAAGCUGUAUGUAAAAGCAAAAAAUCAUGGCAAGCACGUCAUACUGGAAUCAAAAUUGUCCAACAAAUUGCUAUUCUUAUGGGAUGCGCUAUAUUGCCUCAUUUAAGAAAUCUUGUUGAAAUUAUUGAGCACGGUUUAAUUGAUGAACAACAGAAGGUUAGAACUAUUACUGCUCUUGCUAUUGCUGCGUUAGCAGAAGCUGCAACUCCAUAUGGCAUUGAAUCUUUUGACAGUGUUUUAAAGCCACUUUGGAAAGGUAUUAAGCAACAUCGUGGUAAAGGUCUAGCUGCAUUUCUUAAGGCUAUUGGUUAUCUAAUUCCACUUAUGGAUGCUGAAUAUGCAUAUCAUUACACAAGGGAAGUAAUGAUUAUUUUAAUUCGAGAGUUUCAAUCUCCCGAUGAGGAAAUGAAAAAAAUUGUACUGAAAGUCGUUAAACAGUGUUGUGCUACAGAUGGUGUUGAAGCUAAUUAUAUAAAAGAAGAAAUAUUGCCUGAGUUUUUUAAACAUUUUUGGACACAUCGCAUGGCACUUGAUCGUAGAAAUUAUCGCCAAUUAGUUGAUACAACUGUAGAAGUUGCUAAUAAAGUUGGUGCAGCUCACAUAAUUGGCAGAGUUGUUGACGAUCUAAAAGAUGAAAAUGAACAAUACAGAAAAAUGGUUCUUGAAACAAUUGAAAAAGUUAUGUCAAAUCUUGGAGCAUCUGAAGUUGAUUCACGACUAGAAGAACAGUUAAUUGAUGGAAUUCUUUAUGCUUUUCAAGAACAAACUAAUGAGGAUGUAGUCAUGCUAAAUGGAUUUGGAACAGUAGUUAAUGCUUUUGGUGCGCGGACCAAACCAUAUCUCCCACAAAUAUGUGGUACUAUAUUAUGGCGUUUAAACAAUAAAUCAGCCAAAGUCCGUCAACAGGCUGCUGAUCUUAUUGCACGAAUAUCAUAUGUCAUGAAACUAUGUGGCGAGGAAAAACUUAUGGGCCAUUUAGGUGUUGUUUUGUAUGAAUACCUCGGUGAAGAAUACCCUGAAGUUCUUGGAAGUAUUUUAGGAGCUUUGAAGUCAAUUGUAAAUGUGAUUGGUAUGAAUAAAAUGACUCCGCCUAUUAAAGAUUUAUUGCCCCGUCUUACUCCGAUUCUUAAAAACAGACAUGAAAAGGUUCAGGAAAACUGCAUUGACUUAGUUGGAAGAAUAGCUGAUAGAGGUGCUGAGCAUGUAUCUGCUAGAGAAUGGAUGAGAAUAUGUUUUGAACUUCUAGAAUUACUAAAAGCUCAUAAAAAAGCUAUACGACGAGCUACAGUUAAUACAUUUGGAUAUAUAGCAAAAGCUAUAGGUCCACAAGAUGUACUUGCUACAUUAUUGAAUAACUUAAAAGUACAAGAACGCCAAAAUCGUGUGUGUACAACUGUUGCUAUAGCAAUUGUUGCUGAAACAUGCUCUCCAUUUACUGUCUUACCCGCUCUAAUGAACGAAUACAGAGUUCCAGAGCUAAAUGUACAAAAUGGUGUUUUAAAAUCGCUUUCGUUUUUAUUUGAGUAUAUAGGAGAAAUGGGGAAAGAUUAUAUAUAUGCAGUAACUCCUUUACUUGAAGAUGCACUAAUGGAUCGAGAUUUAGUUCAUCGACAAACAGCUUGUGCUGCAAUUAAGCAUAUGGCUAUUGGUGUGUGUGGCUUCGGUUGUGAAGAUUCUUUAACUCAUUUAAUGAACUAUGUUUGGCCUAAUGUUUUUGAGACAUCGCCACAUGUUAUUAAUGCGGUGAUUGAAGCCAUUGAAGGCAUGAGAGUAGGCUUGGGGCCUCUUCGGCUUUUGCAAUAUGUUUUGCAGGGUUUAUUUCAUCCUGCAAGAAAAGUUCGCGAUGUAUAUUGGAAAAUUUAUAAUGGCUUAUAUAUUGCAUCUCAGGAUGCUCUUGUUGCUGGCUAUCCAUCUGUACCAAAUGAAGGAGAAAAUAAUUAUUUACGUACUGAACUUCACUACUUUCUAUAAAAAGCGAAAAUAACUACUUGCAUAGGAAUUCCGCUACUUUCUAUAUAAAAUUAGCUUCCAUGUUAAUACCAAAUUUAGCUUUACAAUUGAAACCAUUUUUGUAAUUGUUUGUUUUGUGUGAGCAAAAAAACUUUCGUACGAACAACUAGCCAACACUUGAGAAACAAUCACUUGUAUAAUAAAUAGAAAUCCAAAAAAAUAAUUAAUGAAGACAAGUAUUCUAAUUUUGAAAGAAAAGAAAUCUUUUAAUAUGUCAUAUAA